ACGUCGUGGAGACACGCGCAAUGAUAGCCGGAAGCAUCGAUAGGGUGAGACUAUAAUUCGAUGAAAUUCACUGUAUUUCGUAAGUGCAAAGCUUUCACUGUCUUUCUUUUUCACGAAAGUUAGCUCGAUAAAAUACAGACCUCUCGACGUGGCGGUGGAGGAAAUGCUGUGGAGAAGGCAGUUCCUUUUUUCGACUUAGUUACUCGGUGGGGUUUGAGCUGACGUGGGGAGAAGUUCGAGAUGCCAGAAAAGAGCAGAUAAACAAACAGCCAGCGGAUUAAUCAACUGAGCGACUGUCCGAACGGGGGCUAAGCAGGGGACACGGGGGAAUUAUCAACGAGACCAAUUCGUCGCUAGAGUUUUGGACCCAAGAAUGUCUCAAAUAAUUUUCUAACGUUGUUGUUUAUCCCCAUGCCAAGUGCCAGCAGUGGCACAAAGAAGAAAAAUACCACGCGAGGAGAGAAUUUUUUCCCCCAAUGUGUUCCUGUCCAGCUUGUCAAGAUAGAACACUUCUGUCAAUAUGAAACUUGACAUGAUUUGACUGUAUGCUUCACCAGUUACAAACUAAAUAGCUUGCUAUAUCCCAUUGAAAACAGUACAAGAUAGUACAAACACUGCGUGGAUAUAGAAGUGGGAUAGCCAUGGCCCACCAUUCGACGCCCAGUUCCCAGAAGGCCCUGAUGAUGGAGCUGAAGUCCCUGCAGGAGCAGCCAGUGGAGGGCUUCCGCAUCGGCCUGGUGGAGGAGUCGGACCUUUACAACUGGGAGGUGGCCAUCUUUGGCCCCCCCAACACACUGUACGAGGGAGGCUAUUUUAAGUCUCACAUCAAGUUCCCCAUCGACUACCCCUACUCCCCUCCGACCUUCCGUUUUCUCACCAAGAUGUGGCAUCCCAACAUCUACGAGAAUGGUGACGUGUGCAUCUCCAUCCUCCACCCUCCCGUUGAUGACCCCCAGAGCGGGGAGCUCCCCUCAGAGAGGUGGAACCCCACCCAGAACAUCAGGACCAUCUUGUUGAGUGUGAUCUCUCUGCUGAACGAGCCCAACACAUUUUCACCGGCCAACGUGGAUGCCUCCGUUAUGUUCCGCAAGUGGAGGGACAGCAAGGGCAAGGACAAAGAAUACGCUGAAAUUAUCAGGAAGCAGGUGGUGUCCACGGUGGCAGAGGCGGAGCGCGACGGUGUCAAGGUUCCCACUACGCUGGCUGAGUACUGCGUUCAGACUCGGGUUCCCUCCCAAGACAGCAGCUCAGACCUGCUCUACGAUGACCUCUAUGACGAUGAUAUGGAGGAGGAGGAAGAGGAGGAUGAAGACGAGGAGAGCGACAUGGAGUCAGGAGGAGAGGCAGGGGGGACCAGUGGAGGAGAAGGAGGGGUCACUACUGGCUGCUAUGACGACGACCAGGAGGAUUCUGGAAACGAGGACUCUUGAUGAUGAUGAUGAUGAUGAUGAACGCCCCAAAUUGACGCCCCACUCCCUGCCACAUCCGAUCCUAGCCCCCUCCUGGUCCUGUUAAGCCUGGAUCAUCACCUAAAACAAAUACUUGUACAUCUGGUACAUUGAUAGUAAAUUAAUAACUGGACAAAUUAGUGGAUUCCAAAUACAGACGUGGUCGACCGCAAAAUAAAACAAAAAUAUCUCCAAAUAUAA